CCUGGCCAGUCACUUCACCCCAUCUUCAUCACCAAACCGCCUCGUCAUGUCCGAUCCUUCUCAACAGCAGCCGCAGCAGCCUAACCAGGCCGAGGCUGGCCCCUCUUCAGGCGAGACACAGCCACUGCUGGCGCCGGGAGACCCGCGUAGGGAAGAGGCGCUGCGCAAUUUCAAGAAGUCGCUCAAGGCUCACGAGGAUCUAUCCGAGAACCUCAAGAAGAUGCGAUUCGGUCUACGUGACCUUGAGAAGGAAUUUGACAGGACAGAGAACUCGAUGAAGGCAUUGCAGUCUGUUGGUCAGAUCAUUGGAGAGGUAUUGAAGCAGCUCGACGAUGAGAGGUUCAUCGUCAAAGCCUCGUCAGGCCCACGUUACGUCGUCGGCAUUCGCUCAGCAGUCCCCAAGUCGAAACUCAAGCAAGGCGUGCGCGUGUCCCUCGAUAUGACGACGUUGACGAUUAUGCGCAUUCUGCCGCGAGAGGUCGACCCCCUCGUCUACAACAUGUCGAUGGAAGAUCCAGGAGAGGCGUCGUUUGCCGGUAUUGGUGGUCUGGGAGAGCAAAUUCGAGAGCUGCGAGAGGUCAUCGAGCUGCCCUUGAUGAACCCGGAGCUCUUCUUGCGUGUAGGGAUCAAGCCGCCAAAGGGUGUUCUCCUCUACGGACCACCAGGGACGGGUAAGACGCUCCUCGCUCGAGCUGUGGCUGCUACGCUCGACACGAACUUCCUCAAGGUCGUAUCAUCGGCCAUCGUCGACAAGUACAUCGGAGAGAGUGCCAGGCUGGUCAGAGAGAUGUUUGGCUACGCAAAGCAGCACGAGCCGACGGUCAUCUUCCUCGACGAGGUCGAUGCUAUCGGUGGUCGUCGUUUCAGUGAAGGCACAUCGGCGGAUCGUGAGAUCCAGCGCACACUCAUGGAGCUCCUCAACCAAAUGGACGGCUUCGACUACCUGGGCAAGACGAAAAUCAUCAUGGCCACUAAUCGACCCGACACCUUGGACCCAGCACUCAUGCGUCCGGGUCGUAUUGACCGCAAGAUUGAGAUCCCGCUGCCCAACGAGCAAGGUCGUCUGGAGAUUCUCAAGGUUCACACACGAUCGAUUGCUAAGAAGGAGGAGCUUGACUACGAGGCCAUCACCAAGCUAACAGACGGCUUCAAUGGCGCCGACUUGCGCAACGUCGCGACCGAAGCGGGCAUGUUCGCUAUUCGAGAAGACCGCGACUACACGCUGCAGGAAGACUUCAUGAGGGCAUGUCGUAAGCUGCAGGAGGCAAAGAAGCACGAGAGCAAGAUUGACUACUCGGCGAUGUAGCGGUGAGAAGGGGGAGGAAGACAGAAGUCUGGCAGCGCAUUGUAUCAAGUCGUCACAGAGAGCAAUGCGACCCAGUGGGCAUCAGACUGAACAU